GGGGCGGGGCCGGAAGGUGACCGGCAUCAUGGCGGCCACGCCGCUGCUGCGGGACCGUCUGAACUUCCUGCACCGGCUCCCGGUCCUCCUGAAGGGGACGUCAGACGAUGACGCGCCGUGCCCAGGCUACCUGUUCGAGGAGAUCGCCAAAAUCUCCCACGAGUCCCCGGGCAGCAGCCAGUGCCUGCUGGAGUACCUCCUGAGCCGUCUGCACGGCGGCUCCGGGCGCGUGAAGCUGAAGGUGCUGAAGAUCUUGCUCCACCUGUGCGGUCACGGCUCCCCCUCCUUCCUGCUCACCCUGAAGCGCAACCCCGCCUACAUCCAGGAGGCCUCAGUGUUCACGGGGCCCCCGGACCCACUCCACGGGAACAGCUUGUACCAGAAAGUGCGGGCGGCCGCCCAGGACCUGGGGAGCGCCUUGUUCUCGGACAGCCCGGCCCCCGCUCCUGCCCCCCAGGCCCCCGGGGCCCUGCCUCCCGCAGGCAUGGGCGCCCAGUCCAGGCCCCUGAGCACCCUCCAGGGUUUCGGCUACAGCCAGGACCAGGGCCGCACCGGCUCUGCCGGAGAAGCCUUCCUCUCCACCAUCCAGAAGGCCGCAGAGGUGGUAGCCAACGCUGUGCGCCCCGGGCCCGAGGGCCCCGGCACCCAGGGGCCCCCGCUGCGGGGUGAUGCCUACCAGCCUGCUGUGCCGCCUUCCGCCGGCCACGGCCAGCUCACUCCUGGGAAUGCGCUCCCCGGGGCCCGAGUCCCUGCGUCUCUUCCAGCUGUGAGGCACCGGCCUGGGCAGGCCGGCGGGGGCUGGGACGAGCAGGGCGGUGGCCUGGGCUCUCGGAGCUCUUCCCAGGACAGCGGCCGGAGCAAGGCCUCGGACUCGGGCAGUCGGUCGGGCAGCGACAGCCCCUCGGGGGCCAGCCGGGCGCCCAGCGACCUGGCCGAGAGGGUCGAGGCCGCGGCCCUGAGUGACUGCCAGCAGGAGCUGAGGCUGGUCCAGGCGGUGACGCAGGGGCCACGCGACUUCCUGAGCCAGGAGGAGGCGCAAUGCUUCGUCAAAGAGUGCGGGCUGCUCAACUGCGAGGCCGUGUUGGAGCUGCUGACCCGCCGCCUGGCCGGGACCAGUGAGCACGUGCAGAUGAGAGCCCUGAGCGCCAUUGCCUCGCUGGGGCGCACGGACCUGCUGCCCCAGGAGCACAUCCUGCUCCUCGCCCGGCCGUGCCUGCAGGAGCUCAGCGCGGGCUGCCCCGGGUCCGUGACCAACAAGGCUGCCAAGAUCCUGAGGCACCUGGAAGCCUCCUGCCGCCAGCACCGCCCUGCGCAGAGGCCCCUGCUGGAGCCCAGCCCCGCUGCCGCCUGCGCAGGCCCGUCGGACCUGCUGGCUGACGCCGUGCCUUUCUCGGGGGGCCAGGCGUUUCUCCAGCCUCUGACUUCAGCCCUGCUGUCCCCCAAGGGCCCUACAGCCCCUCCUCCCCUGGCCGAGUGCCCCCUCCCAGCACUUGGGGACACCCCGGAGGUCGAGACCAGACUGGCAGGUUCCAAACCCCAGGGGGCCGGGUCUGAGUGGGGCCCAGCAGGUGCGGACACCCCGCACGGAGCACCGGAGCUCGGCCCGGGCCCCGGCGGCUGCCUGUGGAGCCCCGUGGCCAGGGACAGCCGUGGCUCCCUGUUUGCCGGCAUGGAGCUGGUGGCCCGCCCCUGCCUGGCGGAGGCAGGGCCCGCCGAGGAGGAGCCCGCCCACGCCCCGUGGACGUUGGCACCGAGGGCGGCAGCCCAGGAGCAGCCCGGCUCAGAGCCGUCGGCGUUUGCGUUCUUAAACCCGUGAGCGUGCGGGCCUGGCGUCCCUGUCCUGUGACUCCCGGGACCCCGCGAUCCCACUCUGUCUGACACAGUGGGGUGUGCUCAGGCCCGGGUGUCUGGGGUCGGCCUCUCCCCCCCCUCCAAGGCCUGGGUGCAGGGAGCCGCCCGGCCUGGGGAGCUCCGCGUGGACGCGCCAUCCUGGAACGCUAGGAGGAGCCCACGGACUGGCCAGAGCCGUGACUGCCCCUCGGGGGCGUGGUGGGCGUGGUGGCCGGGGUGGGGGGGAGGAAGCUCGCAGGGAGGGCAGGAUGCACCAAGCGUGGCCGGUUCUGGGCAGAAUCAGGAGUUCGUCUCUGGUUCAGACCGGUGGCCGGCGCGCCCUGGGCUGCUGGGUUUCCAGCCUCUCGGCGUUCUGGUCUGACCACACGCCAUCUGCAGACACCGUCAGGCCCCUCAGAGGGGCAGAGGGCACCCCGUGGCCUCCCUGGGGGGACAGGGCAGGAGGGGAGGCCCGGCGAUGGAGCGCUGACCGACCCGCACUGAGCCGCCCGGUGCCCGAAGGGCACAGACUGGGCCCAGCUCCUCUAACCCUGGGGGGCCCGUACCGGAGGGGAGGGGGCGGCCUGACUGCACACCAGGCUCCGGUCGGCACUCGCCCUGCAGCUGCUGUCUGGGUGCGGACCCAGAGGGGAAGGCCCUAGGGCUACCUCAGUCUCCCCGCACCCCCGUUCCCCCAGGGGCCGGCUGUUUGGCCUUGGCAGUGGGCGGGCGGGCAGGGGGCAAGCCCUGGGGGCCCCUGGAGGAAACCCCAGCCUGCCUCGCCCUGGGGAGCAGGGAAACCAGGGGUUUUGUGGGGAUUUGGGGUCACUGCCUGGAUCUUGGGUUUUGAGCUCAGAACCUCCCUCUGCAGAGUGGCCCUCGGCCAGUCCCUGGGGUGACCCACAGCAGCUCCCUCCGUGGGGACUGGCCGAGUGCAGCAGGCUGUGCGGGGCGCCCUCGGAGCCAGGCUCCUCCCUCUCCCGGAAUAAACCCCGUCGCCUCCCAGAGCCGCUCCUGGUGCGUGUGUCGGUGUCACGGUGGAAGGGCACACACGCACACUCGGGGCGUCUGUUCUCGACUCGGGGACAGGCACCCUUCCGCCCCACAGCGUUUGGAAGCUGCCCCCAGCAGAACUCAAUGGUUCUGUGAUUUUCUUAAUUGCAGCGUUUUUAACAAAAUUCCAUUUCUUGAGUAGAUACAGACUCUUUGGAUUACACGCUUUGUGAAUUUCAGUAACGUGUCUUUUAAGAAAUCAGUCCAUAUUAUGAAAGUUGUCAAAUUGUCCUUUUAAUUUCUGUAGGAUCUGUAGUUUGUGAUAUUCACAGUUUUUUCCUCUUUUUCUUGGUUAGUCUGAUUAGAAGUUCAUGAACAUCAUUGAUCUUUUCAAAGAACUAGCUUCUGGUUUUAUUUUUCUACAGCUUUUCUGUUUUGUGCGUCAUUGGUUUCUGCUCUUUCUGCAUGGUGUUCAUUUCUCCUUUAGGGUAGGAGCUCAGGUGGUUAUUGGAGGCAUUUAUUCUUUUCUAACAUGAGUGCAUGAAAGUCCUAGCUUUUCCUCUGUGCUGCUGUGGCUGCCUCCCGUGGACUCUGAUUUAUUUCUAUUCAGUUCAAAAUACUUUGUAUAAUUUUCCUAGUAACUUACUUUUUGUUCAGGGUUAUUUAAAGGUGGGUUUUUUCUUGUUAUUACCUACUGUAAUCGGUGCAGGGAGAUGACAUUUUGUAUGACUUAAACUUCGUUGUUAAAAACGUCAAA